ACAAAGUUAACGGAUUACAAAAAUCAAAGCUUUGUUUUAGGUUUAAACAUUAUUGAAAUUCUUUAAUAAAAAACGACAAGUUGUUAAAAAUUGUACACGAACAAAGUUGUCAAGUAAACUUAUUCAAAAAGUGAAGUGUUUGUGUUUGAAAUUCGGUGGUGUCAAGGUUGGGUUCCUGAUCUGAAUAAAGUACAAAUAUUCUGUAGAUUUUAGAACUUCUUUGUAAAAAUGAUGGAAACUUCUACCCCCCAACGACCUACUUUUAGUCGAAGAUCUAUACUAAAUGUGUCUGUUGUGGCUUCUCCACUUCGAAGGAGCAUCUUGCCCCCAGCCAAAAAUGCUGCCCUUUUGGAACCAGCUGACGAUGAAAAAGAACGUUCAACAAGACGAAGCGUUGUGGAGCUACGGAGAAGACUCACGAAUAUUACAUCAUCCAGUGGAUCGCCUCUUGUUGAUGCCACUCCAUAUAUUGAAGAAAGUCAGAUUAAGGAUCAUUUAAGGAUUUGUGCGAAACUGUACACAGAAAAUAAAAUCUCAGCAAAAAAUGCAUGGCAACUUCACGUUAUCGAUGUUAUGAGAAGAAUCGCGUUACAAGAUAAUGGAAAUGUGUUGCAAGUGGCUGGUUCCUCUCUCGAUAUUGGGGCCAAAGUUUAUGGAUUGCGUGUAGACGAUGUUUAUUUCAAGGGUUUGCAAUUGGCGAAUUCUAUGGGUAAAACUACUGAGGGACAUGCUUCGCAAGAAGAUGGUGAAGAAGCAAACGAAGAUAAUGUUUUAAAUCAGACACAGAGACGAAGAAAUGUUAAGAAGAAAACUAAAAAAUUAGCUGCUGAUAAACGAAAUACUGUUGAUAAGAAUGAGAAGAAUUUAUAUGCUACAAUUAAACAUGUAGAAUCAGUUAUAUUUGCCACCAAAGAAAGUAUAGAGAUUAGUGCUAUUGAUAAUUUGUUUACCCAGAGGCUUCCGGUAAAUCCUGCAAAUCAUCGUUUUAUGCUAUUGAGUGAAGAUAAAUACUGGUCUAAAAAAACUGAUGAAGUGUUACAAAAUUCUGACAAAGUAUUAGAGAUUGAUUAUCCACAAAUAACACAUUUCAAUAUGUGUUUAGCAUUCAGAGAGUUUGAAACAGCCAACUGGGAUCCAGAGGAAGAAGAAAGACUGUUAGCAGAGCAUCCAAGCGUGCCCGAUGCUGUUCUUGAUGACAACGGCUUACCAAUAGCCGAAUUAGACGGCUCGGUACACGACAUUUUCGAAGAUAACAAUGACGUCCCUGAUGAUCCACAGAGCGAAAGUGAAGAACAACAAGAAGUAUUUCAAGCUCAAAUCCACGGUGAAAUCGCACAUAUCGUGGACGCAGUUCCUGAAGAAAAUCGUGUUGAAACCGAAUAUGGCUACAAUACUGUUAUAAAAACAACCUCAGGGAAGUUUAUUGACAGAAUUUGGGCGGGUCCAAGUCACUGGAAAGUCAAAUUUAACAGACGGUCGUCGGCGAGAUAUUCCGGAAGCUGUGUGCAACAAGUGGUGAAGCACACGAAAAAGAGUAAAGAACCACAAAAAAUAGUUUUUGAUCUCACACAGGUAGACGAUGAUUUGUGUGCUUCUUUAGGCAAGUAUGUUGUAAAAAGAGCACCUCCUACAACCACGUUUGAAAAAAUUACGCUACCCAUACCAGAAGUAGAAUUAUCUGCCGAAAAUUUCAAUAUGCGAGCAGAACAGUUGCUAAUAAAACCAGGAGUACCACGUCCGAGACUAAACAACAAUUUUCCUACGCAACGAGAUUACGAAGUACAAGUGUAUAAUUAUGAAAAUCCGAACGAUUCUCAGUAUUGCUCACAACAUAAUAGUGAUGAUGGCCCUGAUGGAGAACCGCUACAAAAUUCUUUCGAAGAAGAUGUUGAGACUGUAGCCCAAGAGCAGUUUUUGGGUGAAAAUCUCGUUAGUGCACCAGAAAUGGUUUCUUCUACUCAUAUACCAUACGCAAUGCAGGCCAAAAAGAUGGACAUGAAAAAGUUAAAAGCCGCAGUUUGGAAAUGUCUCACUUCGGGAGAAAUGAACGGGAAAGUCCAACAGAAAGUAACACCCACACGGUUCUCCACGUUGUACAGCAAUUUACCUCCGUUGUUAACAGCCGAGAUGAAAAAGGAGUUAACGUGUCCACUUGCUGUGGUGGCUGUGCUACAUUUGUGCAACGAGAAUAAUUUAGAACUGAAACGAGCGGAAAAUAAUAAAGAUUUUACGAUUGUAAAAGCGUAUGAAUGAAGAAGUGUCGAAAAUGUAAAAACCGUUUUAAAAACGUAUUUGUAUAUUUU